AACUGGAAUCUUCACUUUCAUACCAUAUAUUUCUGGUGUUGACGAAUCUGAUUCCAUAAGUAUAUCUGCUGCAUUGUUGCAUCCGCCGUUUCUGUACGCAUCGGAAUCAAAGUCUGAAAAAUAUGGGAUUCUUGGUUCACUUAUUGGUCGUCAACUAAUCUCUGGAG